AUGCCAUAUAGCCCGGUCAAGUUCCAGUCUACGGUCGUUAAGCCUUAUAACCACGACCUUGAUAAUCCCACUACCGAUGAUGCCGAAGAUAUCGUCUAUGCCGAAGGCCCGGCCCGCCCCGGCCGGCUAAAAGUCAGGAUACCGGCUCCAGCUACAGCCGCACCUCUAACCGCGAUGAUACCUGCAGCCGAGACAUCAUCGACGCCUGCAGCCGCGACAUAUCCGUCGCCGGCCAUUAGCUCGGAUCAGACCCGACUAGUAUUACCAUUACCACCGCCAGCACGUAUAAUAUCCGACGUCAUAAUUAAUAAGGACCAAGAAGAGGCUCUCGUCAAUAUUAUCGCUUCUAAUACCGUUAUUAACGCCUCUUUCCUAACCGCUAAAAAGCAAGCCGACCUGCAGCUUGCUAGCUAA